GCUUUCUUCCAAAACGAACGCCACUGACAUGGGUAGUGCAAAAAAUUAAUGUACGGGUGCAGUGAUUGAGUGAAGAAAAAUAGUGAAAACUGUUGCUAUUUCCGGUGAUUUUGUAAUAAAAUUUCACGAAUCAAUUCGCACUGAUUGAGUGAAUUGUUCCAGUGCAGUGUGCAGAAGAAAAAGCUCAGUGGAGACACACAAUUCGUUGUGAUUUGAAACCAGAAGAAACAAUGGCAGUAGCUCCAGUAAUCAUUCAAUCAGCUGCAAAGCACACAUCCACGCUAAUCUUUCUGCAUGGAUUGGGCGACACCGGCCAUGGGUGGGCCACUACUAUGGGCAUGAUUCGUACGCCGGACAUGAAGGUCAUCUGUCCGACGGCACCGACGAUUCCAGUGACCUUGAACGCUGGGUUCCGUAUGCCGUCGUGGUUCGAUUUGAAGACGCUGGACAUCGGAGGACCCGAGGACGAGGAAGGCAUCAAAAACGCAACAAAGAAUGUGCACGAGCUCAUUCGAAGCGAGAUUCAGGGAGGAAUUUCUGCUAACCGCAUAAUGCUGGGAGGUUUCUCGCAAGGCGGUGCUCUGGCUCUGUACGCGGCACUGACCUUUACGGAGCCAUUGGCUGGGGUUAUGGCUUUAUCCUGUUGGUUACCGAUGCAUAAGAAUUUCCCAGGUGCGCUCAAAUGCCCUAAUACAGUGCCGAUUCUGCAAUGCCACGGAGAUUGUGAUCCAGUGGUGCCAUACAAGUUUGGUCAAUUGUCGUCGAGUGUAUUGAAGACAUUCAUGAAGAGCUCGCAAUUCCAAUCGUAUAGGGGUCUGUCACAUUCGUCAAAUGAGGCCGAGUUAGAGGACAUGAAGAAAUUCAUCGAGAAAUACGUGCGACGUCAGUGAAUAGUCAAAUGGUUCGCUCACAUCCGUAAGUCGUGUGUAAAUUUUAAACUGUAAUUUAAAGCAGCGUAUUUUUCUAACUUAUUUCAAAAUAAUACUGAGCAAAAACUAAAAAAAAACAUCAAAUACUGCAACUACGAAGCAACUUAACUAGUUUAGUCAAACUGAGUCAAUCAGAGCGAUAUUUUUUCAAAAGAAAUGUAAUAAUCACUUAUUAGAGUCGACAACACUAAAGAUGACACCGGCACAUGUUAAUAAAAAAAGAUUGCAACCCCCAAAACAGAAUCACCCUAUAAAGUCGUUGUGAUUUUAUAAACCUCUUUGCGACAAUGGCAACUAUAAGCAAAUCAACAAAAGUAUUCCCAUCAAACAUUUAUGAAAUUAUCUAGAUAUAGAGUAUUCUUGCGCCAACAAAUGAUUAGUAGUGUUAAAACUCCUUCACUUUGUUUAAUCAAGUAAUUGUGUCAACCAAUUCGAAUGAAAAACACGCUCAUCGAACGGAUAAUUUCAAAGCAAUCCAUUUUUUUUCACUUCACUACCUCUACUUUACAUACGUAAAAUAGUUCAUUAGGUUGCCGGUUGUAAUCGGUUUAUAACUCUUUAAUUGCAACUUAAAUUUCAAUCGAAAUCACAAAGAAAAUGCAACUAAGGCGUACUAAUCCUAUUUACGGUACCUACAAGAUUACGACACAUUUUUACUUGGUUACCCAAAGCUAGCAUCCGUCGAUUCUAAUUAGCAAAAGCAAAUACUACCCAUCAGUAGAAAACCGUUUGAACACGUGUAAAUUGUGACCGUACUAAGAAUGGUACUAGUGAAUGGCAGUAGGGUGGACAAACCGAGCAGAUUGAAAUAUAUUUUAGUUUAACUAAAUGAGCAAAAACCGA